CCUUGUAGAUAAUAAACAUUCCAGAUUUAUUAUCUUUAUUUGUCAAAUUAUCGGCAGAGCCUCGCAGUUUCUGCUACCUCCGGCUGCAUCCGGGCCGCCCGGCGCUCCAAUCUUUUUCUCUUCGUAAGACCAUAUGCUUUUGGUCAUCGCGUGUUCCACUGCUCUCAGAGGUAUGAACAGUGAAGAGACGGGAACGGAAUCCAGGUAAAAUUCCGUUAAUUAAUGAGAUAGUAGAAGCAAAUUAGAAAGUUAGCUGUCUGGAUUCAAGAUUUCUUAUAUGAAGAAAAAACAGAAGUUCCAAAAACUUUUGAAUUCUGUUGUCAAGUCCCAUGGAGAAAUUGAGGAGGACAGGAAAGAAAUUGAAAAUGAUGUGAAGAAAAUGUUGGAACUGUUUGAGAACAACAGUGAAGAUGUAUCUGAUCGGUCCGACUUCGUUUCUCUUGUAAAUGACAUAAAAAAAAGAUAUCAUGCACUGUAUAGACGACAUGAUGGAAUAAUUGGUACGAUAAAGAACAAAUUUCACCACAGAAAAGGUGAAUCUAGAUCAGGAAAUUCUGAUUCAGGAUCAGAAGAUUCGUCUGAUGAGGAUGAACUAAAUGAAAUUCAAGAACAAAAACCACUAAAGCAAUUAUCUUUAGAGGACUACCAAUCUCUUAAGGAUCAGAUUGAUAGUUUGAGCAAACGAAAUGCUGAACUUGAGGCUCAGACUGCUUCAAUGCAGACAAAGCUAGAAGAAAGUCAACAUCUAGCAGGUGACUUAAUAUUUAGGGAAACAGUCGAUAUGAAAUUGGAAGAUGAACUUCAAGCUGUGAGGAAUAGGCUGAAGCUCUUAGAUUCUGAAAAUGAGUUUCUCAAGACAGAAACUGAAAAAUCAAAAGAGCAAGAAAGUAAGUUGAGCCUUCAGAUAAGUGGCCUACGGGAAGAAAAUGAAGUCUUAACAUCAGAAAAGGAAAAGGUUUCCAGCAUGCUACUUCAAGCUGACAACACAAUUGUAGAGCUGAAAUUUGAACAUGAAAAGAUGACAAAGGAUGCCAGGAAACUAAAAGAAGACAACAGUUUUUUGAAUGAAGAGCUGGAGAAAAAAGCUCAGGAAAUGGUCCACCUGAAUCGGCAAAUAGUGCUGACAAGUGAGGAGCGGGAAAAUUUGAGCGUUGUAGUAACAAAACUUGAAUCAGCUAAUGACAGCCUGCUGUCUGAAAAAGAAAGGUUACUCUUUGAGAAUCAUGAUCUAAAGGCUCAAAUGGAAGCUGCUAUUCAGCAAGUUUCUAAUCAGAAUGAUAAAUUGCUGAUGUUGGAGGGUGAGAAUAAUGGCUUGAAUUCUCAGGUUCUGAAGUUAUCGACCCUUAUGCAUGAGACUAAUGAGACCAUAAAGGAUAUGAAAAUUGAAUCUGAACUUCUGAAAGAGGAUAUCUCAAAGUUACAUAAUACAAUUAAUGACCUAAAUCAUCAGCUGAAAGUCAAAGAGGGUCAAAAUUAUGCAAUGACAUUGGAAUAUUUAGAAUCUAGGAAGUUAGUGGAGCAGGCAGUGGAGAGAAUUACGACUCUAUCUGUGGAAGCAGAAAUGGUGAAGAAUGAAAAUUCUGUGUUUUUGACUGAUCUCGAAAACCUAAAGCUAGAGCUGGAAGGUAAUAACCAGGAGCUAUCGAAACAUAAACAAUCCUCAAAAGCAACAGAAUCUAAAAUGAAUUCUCUGAGAGAAGAAAACACACUGUUGUUGAGUUGGCAUGACGAUCUAAAGCUGGAGCUGGAACGUAAUAAUCAGGAACUGCCAAAAAUAAAACAGGCCUUCGAAGCAACAGAAUAUGAUAGGAAUUCACUAAUGGAACAAAAAACAUCUCUUUUGAGCAAGAUAAAUGAGGAUGGGUUGGUCAUUGAUAGUCUCAAAGCUCAGAUAGAAGAGUUAGAAAGUGAAAAACUUCAGUUGCAACAGAAAAUCAACGAUCUGGAACUUGAAAUCCAAUCCGCCAAUCUCUACUUCAGUGAUGUCAAAAAUGCCCUCAUUGCUGCUGAAGAAGAGAAAAGGACACUGGCCUCAGAAAAUUCAGUAGUUAAAAGCAAGCUACAAAAAGCAGAGUUUACGAAUGAGAUAUUACAAAAUAAGUUGGAAGACUUGAAUCAGAAGAACUCUCUCCUUCUGAGCAAGAUAGAGGAGGCUGAGAAGGAUAUGAUUGUUGAGUCCGGACAUCUCAAGAAGGAUAUCUCAAAGUUACAAGAUAAAAUUACUGAUCUCAAUCACCAGUUGAAAGUCAAAAGUGAUGAAAAUUAUGCAAUGACAUUGGAAUUUUCAGAAUCUAAGAGGAUGAUCCAGCAGGCAGAGAAAAAAAUUAUGGUUCUAUCGGUAGAAGCUGAAAGAGUAAAGAGUGAAAACUCCAUACUUUUGGCUGGACAUGAAAAUCUAAAGUUAGAGCUGGAAGGUAAUAACAAGAAAUUGUACAAACAUGAACAGGACUUAACAGCAACAGAAUCUGAAAUGAAUUCACUAAGAGAAGAAAUAUCCUUUUUGUUGUCUGGGCAUGAAAAUAUGAAGGUGGAGUUGGGAAGUAAUAAACGGGAACUAUCAAAACUGAAAGAAGCCUUGGAAGUAACAGAGUUUCAAAGAAAUUCACUAAUUGAAGAAAAAUCAGCUCUUUUAAAUAAGAUAUAUGAGGAUGGCUUGGUCAUUGAUGGUCUUAAAUCUCAUAUAGAGGAGGUUGAAUUUGAAAAAUCUGACUUGCAGCUGAAAAGCAGUGAUCUCGACCUCAAAAUUCAAUCUGCCAAUCUCCAAUUCACUGAUUUGAAAAAUGCCCUUGCGGUUGCUGAAGAAGAGAAAAAGGCAUUAGUGUCAGAAAAAUUAAUUGGUGAAAGCAAGUUACAAGAAGCAGAGUUUAUUGAAAAGAGGUUACAGAGUGAGGUGGCUGGAUUGAUUGAAAAGAACUCUACCCUCCUGAACAAGUUAGAAGAAGCUGAGAAGAAUAUCUUAAUUGAGUCUAGAUGUAUGAAAGAGAAUAUCUCAAAAUUGCAUGAUACAGUCGCUGAGUUAAAUCACCAGCUGAAAGUUAAAGAUGAUGAAAAUUAUGCAUUGGCAUUAGAUUCUUCAGAAUCUAAGAAGGUGAUCGAGCAGUCAGAGGAAAGACUUAGGAUUCUUUCAGUUGAAGCAGAAAAAAUAUUAAGUGAGAAAUUUAUGCUUUUGACCGAAGGUGAAAAUCUAAAGCUAGUGCUGCUAAAUAAUAACCAAGAACUGUCAAAACACAAACAAACCUUGGAAGCUAUGGAAUUUGAAAUUAAUUCAAUGAAAGAAGAAAACAGUCUGCUGUUGUCUGGACAUGAAAGUCUGAAGCUAGAUCUGGAUGAUAAUAAACAGGAACUUUCAAAGCUAAAACAGGCCUUGGAAGCAACUGAAUUUGAAAGAAAUUCAUUAGUUGAAGAAAACUCAUCUCUUCUGACCAAGGUAAAUGAGGUUGUAACGGCUAUUGAUGCUCUCAAAGCUCGCAUAGAAGAGGUAGAAAGUGAAAAAUGUCAGUUGCAGCAGAAAAUUCGUUAUCUAGAAAUUGAAAUGAAAUCUGCUGAUCUCCAAUACACUAAUGUGACAAAUGCACUGGUGGCUGCUGAAGAAGAGAAAAAGGCAUUGGUCUCAAAAAUUUCGCAAGUUGAACACAAGUUACAUGAAGCAAAUUUUAUGAAUAAGAGAUUACAGACCGAAUUGGAAGAAUUAAAUCAGAAAAACUCUAUCCUCCUGAGCAAGAUAGAGGAUGCUGAGAAGGCGACAAAUGAUUUCAAGUUUGAAAGGGAUGGUCUGAUAUCUGAUAACGCACAAUUGGAGAUUAAGGUAAAUAAAUUGAUCACGGCACUGGAUGCAGUAAAUAUUCAGCUGAAUCAUUUAGGAAAACUCAUUCUUUCUUUUAAUGAUGAGAAGACAAAGUUCAAAUCAGAAAUUUCAGUUUUUACGGGCAAAUUACUGCUGGCAGAGGCUGACAAUGAAAAACUAGAAAGCGAUAAAACCCAGUUAAGAGAGGAAAAAAAGGCUUUCCAGCUCAAUCAAGAAGGACAGCAAAACAAGAUUACUGAUCUUUGCAAAAAAUUGGUAGAUACAUCGAGUGAAAUACAAGAUCUGAAGGAUAAGUUUGAACCAGCCCAGGAGGAAGCUUUACAUGAAAUUCAAACUUGGAGUGAUACUUUCAAAGGGGAUCUCCUAGAGAUGUUCGCCAAGAAAGGUGAUUUAGAUCAAGAACUAAAAGAACUGGCUGAAAUAUCUUCAGAGAUUUUAUUGUCGCUGAAAAAGAUGGAAGAUAUACUAAGGAGUAAAAUUUCAGAUCAGGAAACUUUCCACAAAAGCUAUGAACAAUUGCUUACCAAACACAAGCAGCUGGAAGAUUGCUAUUACGAGUCUUGUGCAAAGCUGGACACCGCGGAGAAGAAAUUUGAGCAAAUUGAAAUGAAAGAGGAGAUCAUCCAGCGAUUGGAGAGAAUAUGUGCAGAGCAGAAAAAUGAUAUCAAUAAGUUGGUUGAAAACCACAGGGGGAAAGUAGCUGCUGAGAAAGAGAUCCAAAGGCUUGAAGUCCAGCUUCGCUUGUCAAAACAGAAACUUAAGAUCACUGAAACUGAAUACAAGGACAAGGAAGAGAACUGCAAUAAGCUGGUUGCAGAAUUGCAAGCAGAGCUUAGGUUACUUAACAGAUAUGUUUUGAUAUGGUCAAGAAAUUCUACUGAGUUAAAUAAUGAGUUCAAGCAAAUGAAACUGUCACUAGAAGCUCGUAUGGGAACUUUGUUUAAUGAGCUUCAUGAAGUGGAAUCAAUUUCACAGGAGAACUUGGGACUGAUUAAAAAACGUCUGGCUGAAUGCCUAGUUGAGCUACAGAACUUAAAGACAUCGCUAAAAAUAGUGAUACUUGAGAAGAAAAAGCUCGAAAAUGAGAAUCAUGAUUUAACAGUGGGGCUGACCUACAAGGAAGGAAUCAUAUUGAAGUUGAAGGAUGAAACAAGUCAAAAUUUAGCCCAUUUGGCUGAGAAAGAUAAAGAGCUAAGGGUCCUGGAACGUAGGGUUGCCGACUCAGAAAAGAAUCUGAAAGAGAAAGAAAGGUUGGUUCUAGACAAAGAUGAGGAGAAAAGAGAGGCCAUUCGACAACUUUGUUUGGUGAUAGAGUACCAUUGGGAAAAUCGCAACUAUCUAGUUAGCUAUCUGUCCUCAGUGCUUCGGAACAGGGGAGCUUGAUGAAAAAAAUGCUAUUUAUUCCCAAUGCUGAUCGAUAUGAUUUUCAUCAUGUUGGCAUCUCUUUCCCAGCAUAGAUUUUGCUUUGACUGAUGAUAUUUGUAUACGUUCUUUUUGUACCUGCAGUGGAAACCAGUAUACGUAGAAAAAA